GUUGGCUCUCCCUACGCAAGGAAGUGGCGUUGUUUGAGCGACUGGGCUGUCUGUGUUGUCUCGUGGGUAACGUUAGAUCCAAAGAAUUAUUUUUUAUGAUCAGCACCGUUUGACUGCUCCUUAAAACAAUUGACGGAAUACUUAAGUUGCACUAGUUGCAUCGUCUCGGAAUAUAUAGGAAUGGCUGCGGAGGUGAACGGCAGCUCUGCUCCAGUGAAGGAAGAGGAGGAGCCCAUGGAUGUCUCCAUGACCCACACGGAGCACUACCAGACGCUGGUGGACGCCGGGCUUCCUCAGAAGGUGGCUGAGAGCCUGGACAACAUCUUCCAGACAGGUCUUGUAUCAUACACCGACCUGGAUGAGCGAGCCAUCGAUGCCCUGCGGGAGUUCAACGAGGAGGGGGCGCUCUCGGUGCUGCUGCAGUUUAAAGAGAGCGAUCUGUCCCACGUGCAGAACAAGAGUGCUUUCCUCUGUGGUGUCAUGAAGACAUAUAGACAGAGGGAAAAGCAAGGAAGCAAAAUCCAAGAAUCCACAAAGGGACCAGACGAAGCCAAGAUCAAGGCUCUCUUGGAGAGGACGGGAUACACCCUUGACGUCACUACAGGACAGAGGAAGUAUGGGGGGCCUCCUCCCGAGGAGGUGUUUUCUGGAGUGCAGCCUGGAAUCGGAACAGAGGUGUUUGUGGGAAAGAUCCCCAGGGACCUGUACGAGGAUGAGCUGGUCCCUCUGUUCGAGAAGGCUGGGCCCAUCUGGGACCUGAGGCUAAUGAUGGACCCGCUCACCGGCCAGAACCGUGGCUAUGCCUUUAUCACGUUCUGCAGCAAAGGUGCCGCACAGGAGGCUGUCAAACUUUGUGACAACUACGAGAUCCGGUCAGGAAAGUACCUUGGUGUGUGCAUCUCCGUGGCAAACAACCGCCUGUUCGUGGGUUCAAUACCAAAGAACAAGACAAGGGAGAGCAUCUUGGAGGACUUCGGCAAAGUCACAGAGGGGCUCCAGGAGGUAAUCCUCUACACCCAGCCAGAUGAUAAGAAGAAGAACCGGGGCUUCUGCUUUCUAGAGUACGAGGACCACAAGUCUGCCGCGCAGGCCCGUCGCCGCCUCAUGAGCGGCAAGGUGAAGGUGUGGGGCAACCCUGUCACCGUGGAGUGGGCCGACCCUGUGGCCGAACCUGACGCCGAUGUCAUGGCCAAGGUGAAGGUGCUCUUUGUGCGUAAGCUGGCCACCGCGGUGACGGAAGAACUGCUGGAGAAGACCUUCUCUCAGUUCGGCAAGCUGGAGCGUGUCAAAAAACUCAAAGACUACGCCUUUGUCCACUUUGAGGAGCGCGAUGCUGCUGUUAAGGCGAUGGAUGAGAUGAACGGUAAAGAGCUGGGUGGGGAGGAGAUUGAGAUUGUGCUGGCCAAGCCUCCAGACAAGAAGAGGAAAGAACGCCAGGCUCAAAGACAGACGACCAGAAACACAGGGUAUGACGACUACUACUACUACCCCCCACCCCGUAUGCCUCCCCCGGGGCGUGGGAGGGGCCGUGGUGGGCGGGGAGGCUACGCCUACCCCCCGGACUACUACGGGUACGAUGAUUACUAUGACGACUACUACGGGUACGACUACCAUGACUACCGCGGUGGUUACGACGACCCUUACUACGGUUACGACGACGGCUACGCCAUGCGGUCCAGGGGAAACCGCACCAGCCGAGGCGGCCCACCCCCUCCCAGAGCACGCGGGGCGCCACCCAGCCGCGGCAGGGGUGGCUACGCACCCCGAGGAGCACCCAUGGGCGCCCCCAGAGGCGGGCGCGGGGGCCGAGGGGGGCCCUUCCCGCCCCAGAGGGGAGGGCGUGGCACUCGGGGGGCCCGGGGCAACCGCGGGGGCAACGUAGGUGGCAAGCGGAAGGCGGAUGUCUUCAACCAGCCCGACUCCAAGCGCCGCCAGACCACCAACCAGCAGAACUGGGGGUCGCAGCCCAUCGCCCAGCAGCCCCUUCAGCAAGGGGGCGACUACUCUGGUGUCGGGGUGGUCUGCGUGCCAAAGCCAGCCUGAGGAACACACCACAACUGUGUGCCUCUCUACGGGGCUGUCAUCAUACCCUGCUAUCUACUGUAAGGAAGAAUUAGGUGGGGCUGAGACAAAGUGACUCUUUCCUGGACUUGGUAAGGAGGUUUCCUUUACUUAAAUGUAAAUUCAGUGUAAAUAUAAUAAUGCACUUUAAUACAAUCUGUGUUUGUGGGAAUCUGGUUUACCAUUUGUGUUCCUACCCCGCAUAGUUUUCAAACCACCAACUCGGGUGUAGGAGUAGUUGCCAAAAUAGCUUUCACUCUGUCUGUUGCAUCACGCACUAUAGCAUACUACUCUUGCAAUACUUUGCACUCUCGUUAAUUUUCUCAGUGUAUUGCACAUUCCAGUAUAUUCUGUUAACACUCCAGUCCCCCAUUCUUUCAAGUGAGCCCACUUGAUUUUCACAUAAGGCUACUUCAUCACUGGCAGGGCUUGCUGUUCACUUCAGAGAGGAAUCAAGUGCUCUCUUGUAAGGUAAAAAGUUGCUAGGGUUGUGCAUUCAUUGCAGCUUUCUAUGUUGAUAGAUGGAAUUUGAGCAAAGCCGAUCAUUAGAGCCAGUCAGUUUUACAUAUUUAAAGUGGAAUCAGGUCAAACAUAAGCUAAGUGUGAAAUGGGCUAAAGCUGGAAUGGACGACAUCACAAUCAGAUAUUCCUUGUCACACCAUUCUGUCUUCAUCCAAGAUUCUUUUUCUGUUCUAAAAAUUCUAUAUGGCUAUUGAUUACCCUGACAUUUAAAAGAUAACAUGGCUUUUUCUCUUUGGCCCCAUUCCCGCCCUCCUCAGCCUAGGUCCUACGUCCACUGCAGACUUCCUGUUUGGGCCACAACAUGGCCAGACCUGUCCAAUGGGGAACUCUCGAAAACUCAAUCUUCAAAGUAUACCCCAGACUUAGUCUAUGCCGUGGAGCUGCUUUUUCCUGUCUUGUUGAUCCUCCUCUUAGGCUUGUCCAUUGGGGUUGCAUUCCAUGCCAUUAAGAGAUGGAGGAAGAAGAGGGAAAAUUUAGAGAGGAACUCCUUGGUCGAACAGCUGUGUCAGACUCGACUUUGUCUAAAGGAUAUCACCCUGAGGCUGAAAGGCCUACAUGAGGCCCAGAGGCAGCAGCGAGUUGGAGGUGGAGGCAGGAGAAGGGUUGAGUGGCUCAUGGAGUAGGCUACCCAUCUAUCCAGUCUUCCUUCCAUUUAUCUUACCUAAUUUAUCUGCCCCUUCUUAGGCACUGAGACAUUACUACCUUGUGGCCUCCUAUGGUAGACCCUUAUCUAGGCCAACCAACGUCUUUUUUGCAUUUUGUCAAAUACAAAUUCUUCAUCCCAAA